AUGCAAAUCGCUUGUGGAAUUAUUUUGUUUACUGUGAUUUUAGAACGGUUGGCUUUCUAUGGUCUGAGUGGAAAUCUUGUCUUAUUUUUAAACACAAAACCUUAUGUAUGGAUGUCUUACAACGCCCUAACUGCUAUGUUCUAUUUUUUUGGAAUUUCCUACAUUAGCCCACUAUUUGGGGGUUGGCUGGCAGAUUCUAUCGUGGGACGUUUUAAAGCUAUUCUAGUUGCUUUUCUUAUAUAUGGAGCUGGCUAUGCAAUGCUACCCUUUUUAGCUCCUGUUAGUGAUGACAUUAUUUCUACUACAGAACCUUUACCAGAGAUGUGUUUAGUACACCAUGAUUACAAUGCAUCAUAUAACUCCACUCCACUUGAUAUUACCUCAAGCACAACAUAUAAUUCUUUCGAAGAAAACUGUGCUUGGUUGAUAUAUAUUGUGUUAACUGUGAUAGCUAUAGGAGCUGGCUCAGUGAAGGCCAACAUUGCACCUUUUGGGGCAGAUCAAGUACAAGGUGGUGAUCAACAGAAUAUGUUGGUUUUCUUCAACUGGUUUUACUGGUGUGUCAAUUUUGGAGCUUUCAUUGGGCUGGGAAUUAUAACCUAUGUUGAACAGCAAUUUUACUUCUUCUAUGGCUUUAUAUCUGCUGGUUCUGCUCUGGGGUUUGGUGUUGUACUGUUUAUUUUAGGUGGUUUUGUUUUUAUCAAGAAACCUGCAUCUGGUAGUGUUCUAUCUAAUAUAUUCAGAAUAUUGAAAGAAGCCUGUCGCAGCAAAAGAAGAAGUCAGAAAAUGUCCAAAAGAGAUCAAAGGUAUAUUGCCUUGAACUUGGAUGAGAAUUUGAGUUUUCUGGACUAUGCCAAACUUCGACAUGGUGGUAUAUUCCAUGAAUCUAUAGUAGAUGAUGUUAGAGAACUGAAAAAGAUACUGUGUGUUUUUCUUACAUUGAUUCCAUAUUGGAUAGUGUUUUUCCAGAUGCAGACAACUUUUCUAUUACAAGGUUUACAUAUGAGAUUAAUGUUUAAAGAUAUAGGUAAUGAUGAGGUCCACAACAACACUGUAGCAGCUUGGUUGUCUCUAGCUGAUGCCAUGAUCUUGAUACUGAUGUUACCAUUAUUUGAUAGAGUUAUCUACCCUCGAUUAGCUAAAGCUGGUCGGCCAUUUACAAUGACUAAGCGUAUUUAUGUAGGAAUGAUUUUUGCCAUGGCAUCAAUGGUUGUUGCUGGUGUUGUGGAGCACUUUCGAUUAAAAAGUUUUUGGCCACAUAAUGAUGAGCCAUGUAAAAAUAAUUCUGUAAUGCAACUGAUAGGUGAAAAUGAAUAUCAAGCUGCUGAUUUGUCAAUAUUUUGGCAAAUUCCUCAAUAUGCUCUGGUUGGAUUGAGUGAAGUCUUUACUAGUGUAGCAGGAUUACAAUUUGCAGUGUCUAUGGCACCAAAAUCUAUGAAGAGUAUAAUCAUGGGUUUGUUUUAUUUUAUGUGUGGAAUUGGAAGUUUCAUUGGAACUGGACUAAUCAGUGGGUUAAAUUCAUACAGAAUAUGGUUUGUUGAUGGUAACGAUCAUGGCGAUAUUAACUGCCGUUUGCCAUGUUCAAAGAAAGAACCGUAUUUUGUGAAUAACAAAUCUUGUCACUUAGACUACUACUUCUUCUUAUUAGCUGGUGUAGAACUGAUUGGACUUAUUUUAUUUCUUAUUGUGUCAAAAGUUUUUCAUUUGGAUCAAGAUCAGCAUAAUCAAAUGCCUUUGCAACUUCCAGCAGGAGAAAGAAACUCUCGAAGUGGCGUGGUUCAUUCAAUACAACGCUCAAUUUCUAAUGUGGAUUAA